AUUCUGGAGCAAGUGGGUGCCGCGCAGAAUCAAGCAUAACGCUUUUGUCCUCUCCUUGUGGGCUUUCGUGUGGCUUCUCGGCACCUACCCUCUGGGACGUCCCCUGAGCGAGGGAUGGAGAUUCAUGUUCACCGUGUCCUUCUUCGCCCGCAUCGGGUAUUCGGCCGCCUGGAUGUUCAUCACCAACUUCACACACAGUCUUCCUUGGAACGAGUUCCUUGCACAGGACCCAGGCCGUACCUGGCCAGUGCUUCACAACGUGAUGGCGAUGGUUCUGGGUGGAAAGCACCGCUGGAACGAGAUGCUCUUCCACGACGUGCACCAUGCUUUUCCAAACGCCGUUGGCACUCUGAGCCAGCGUGGCCGCUUCCACGGUUGGGAGAAGGUCCACGACGCGGCAGCAGAGGUGCUUCACCGUGGUCUGUGGAAGCCAAAUGGUGAUGAGGAAACCCAGAUGCAGAAGACCCAGCGCAAACGUUCCUUGAUGAUGAAGCAGGGCAAGUGA